UCACCUUCAUAUCGCUCGCGGGUGUACACGCCAUGCUUAGUGUUAAAGCAGUGCUACAGUUUGGGCUGCAGAGUUACGCGUUUCUAUAUUCGCGCAUUUGUUCUCACCGUCUGCUCAUCGAGCGUCUUCCAGACCCUAACGACGGGGACAUGGCGUUCAGGGGGCGACUGCGCAGUCGACGAGUCUGGCCCCUUCCGGCACAACUUCGACAGCUGCGUGCACUGCGACUGGAUCUGGAAGAGUGACGCCUGCGACGCCUUCUACCGAGAGCUCGCCACGGCCAACGUGGAGAGCAUCACGUACGAACUGGCAUCGCAUCCCAAUCCGGGUCUGUUCAGCAAGUUCUUCGGCGAGAAGGGCUACCAGCGGGGCAAGGCCGUCGUCGCGCAACUGCCUACCUCUAAGACGGACGGGUCCACCAAGCCACCUCGCGGGUGGUCGUCCGAAACCGACUGGCGACGCCGCAUCUCGGGUGUGGCCGACGUCGAGAAACAGUCCCGCAAGUCCACCAAACUCGUGAUGGCACAGCGAGCCGUCAGCCGCCUCCGCCACUGGACGUCCGGGCACCAGGCCACCGACAAGACGACGACGCCAGCGCGGAAAGACGACGAGGACGACGCCAGGAGCGUCGAGGAGUCCACGACCCUCCUCGACAAGGACACCUCCGAAGAUGCCUCCACGGGGUCGUCCGUCACGAAGACGUCGUCGUCGGCGGGCGACCUCCUCAAGAAGGUUUCACCGUCGAGCCUCAAAGCUUCGAGGAAGGCACGGUCGACCCUGUCCGUGGUAGUCAACACCGCGGGAAAUACCAGGGCUUCCGGCGACUUCUGCAGCAAAGCGGGGGUGAUACGGUUCAAUGGCGGCCCUGGCGGGAGUCUCAAGCCCGCUGGAAAGAUCAUGGCGGGCACGGGUUCAGACGACACGUGGCCGGAGAAGAAGGUACAUCAGGCUGAGUGCACUCAGAGGUCCAUCGAUGGGUUCUUCAAGCGCUUCGUUCGAAAGAAGUAGGAACCGAGAUCCACUCGAUCUCACAAAAAAGAGCGGGUUAGGAUUUCUUGGAGGACGGUGGACGGUGCGGCAAUGGGAAGGCUUGUAGCACGCGCUCGCUGGUGAAUCGGCGCACUUCUUUUUAACCUUUAUUUCAUUUUAUUGUUUAAAAUAAAAGGGCGC